AUGUCAUUGAUUGAACAAAGAGAUCAAAAACAACGUGAAUUACAACAAUUAACUCAAAUAUGUAAUUUAACAGAAAACAUUAAAUCUCAAUUGGAUUCAUUAAGCUUAGAAGUUCAACAAUUAGAAGAAAAUUCAAGUAGUGUUAGUGAUGUUAUGCAAAUUUGGGAUAAUAUCUCAAGGGCAGUAUCACAAGCUGGUUUAGGACUUCUUCGUUAUGUAGAUAGCGACUAUGCAUCCGUAUCAGUAAAUGAUGAAAACAGUGACAAGAACUCCAAUACUAAGAAUAGUACUAUUAGUACUACCACUACCACUACCACUACAAAUAAGAAUAAUGAUGAUGCUGAUACAGUUCCAUUACCCGAACCAUUAGUUCGUGUCCCGUUACCAGAUGAUUCCUUACAAUAA